CUCUUGUUCAGAUAUCUAAUGGGUGCAUCCAUACAUACUGCUGUCAUAUUGCACUUGCUACUGCUGGUUGCUUCAUUAGCAUUUGCUCGUAAUGUUGUAGAAAUCCCUUCUCAAUCUAUCCUAAACCCAGACGGUCAACUAUCCGGAGGGUCGAAAUCAACCGCAUUUGCUAUCAAGACAAGCGUUCGGUUUAACUCAAUUCUGCGAGCCUCGGCUGAUAAUACAUCUGCAUCUAUUACUGCCGCUAGUAUGGGCCAAACAUUGGUUGGAACGGUUCAGAUUGGCACUCCUCCUAUUUCUGUCACUGUGCAGUUUGAUACUGGCUCUGCUUCGUUUUGGAUCACUUCGUCCUUGUGUAAAGCUGGCAAUGCCUGUCCACCUACUAGUCCUGUUUACAAUCCCGACACAAGCACAACGGCAAAGACCAUCAAUAAUACUCUUCUUAAUAGAGAUUAUGGCGAUGGCACUAGUGUCAAAUGUCUAGUUAUCAGUGACACAUUGGUGAUUGCUGGUGUGGCAAUACCUAAUCAAAGCAUCUGCUCUGCAACAGCAAUCAACUACCCGUCCAUGUCUUCUGAAGACGGUCUGAUUGGUCUUGCCCCACCUCAUUACAGUAAUGAUCCUGCAGAUGUUUUUAGCAACUUGAAAAAUGUAUUUCCACAAAACAAGGUCAACUUUUACUAUAAUCGCAAUGUAAAUAGUCUGGAAUCAAAUACUGGAUUGGUUCCCAAUGCUGGUGAAAUUACGUUUGGUGCUCCCGAUCCAAAUAGAUUCACUGGAAACUUCAAAUGGAUGCCAAUUGUCACCACCGAAUCCCAUUGGGCGGUUGCGUUUGACUCUGUCACGAUCAAUGGAAGAACCACUUCUGCUAGUAAAAUCAGUGCUCUUUUUGAUACUGGCACGUCCUUGAUAUAUCUCAACCAGCCCAUUUUUAAUGCUGUGAAUAGUGCCAUGGGUGGUGUCAAGAUACGAAAUAGUGAUAUAUACCAAGUAGAUUGUACCAAAGUUAAAUCAUUUCCUCCAGUCACAUUUACAUUCAAUGGAAACUCGUUCACUUUGAAUUGGGACCAGCAAGUUAUUGUUCUACAAGGCCAAACCUGCAUCUCGCUAUUUUCUGCUUCUGGUGAUCUUCCUACAAUCUUUGGUGCUUCCUUUUUACGACAGUUUUAUACCUCGUUUGACUAUACAGGUCUUGUCGGACUUGCUCCACCCACUGGUUCUGUCAAGGCCAUGAUCGUUCCUUCAACUUCUGGGUUUAAAAACAGUGCCUUGUCUACUCUUGGUGGUUCCUUUAGUUCAUUGAUCCUACCGUUUGCUGUCGGUGUGCUGGCAAUGGUAUAAAAUAGUUGACCUGCUUGUUUCACAUGGUUCCACUUUUGUAUUUUUAGUUGAAAGCGAUUCCCUUGUUCUAAUGUCAGCCUAGAUUAUUUCAUUCGGCCAACUGGUCCAGUAUGAAAUACAACAUAUUAUCUUAAUGUUUACUUUCCUGCUUUUGAUGUAUUGUCUCGACAGUAUAAAUAAAGUCGGUCAUUUGACUGUCA